UUAAUUUUUAGUUAAUAUACAAAAAAUAUAAAAAUAUUUGUGUCAGUUGAGUUGAGUUAACCGACAAUGGAGGGCCUGAAUCUUAAGACGCUUUUGGUCGUGUCAUCGGUUGGUUUGCUGGCCACAGCUGGAGAUACCAUGAUGACGUGGGUCUCUCCAAUGUACGUCAAACUGUACUCCAACGACACCAACAUCAACCCACUGGGUGCUCCGAUAUCCCGCGAACAAGACACCUGGAUUGGAUCCAUCAUCAACAUCGGUUCGAUGGUUGGCCCCUUUCCAUUUGGAUUCAUAUCCGGGCGAUUUGGCAGAAAAAUCGCCCUACUAUCGAUAGCAGUGCCGUAUUUCAUCUCUUACGUCAUCUUGGCUUUCGCUCGUGACGUAAAUUUGUACUACUUCGCGAGGCUAUUCGCUGGGAUUUCCAUCGGAGGUGGUUACACCCUGUUGCCAACCUACGUCACCGAGGUUACAGAAGAUUCCACUAGAGGGCUUAUGACGUCCCUAUUGAACGUAUUCUGGACGUUUGGAAACCUCAUACCAUACGCUGUUGGUCCUUAUUUGUCUCACUUGUGGUUCAACUUAAUAUUAGCCGUACUGCCAGCGCUGUUCUUUGUAAUGUUCUUGAUAAUAGCGCCUGAGUCUCCGUAUUAUCUAUUGGGGAAAAAUCGAGAGGAUGAAGCCCUUAAAUCUCUGAUGACCUUGAGAUCGGGCGAUGAAAAAUCGGUUAGUACGGAGUUUGAUCACAUCAAGUACCAAGUUGAAAACGAACAGCAUGGUUCCAUAACAGACAUAAUCAAAACGCCGGCAUUAAGAAAGGCAAUCACCCUUGCAAUGCUCAUAGUAUUUUUCCAGCAGGUCUCAGGAGUCAAAGCACUCAUGUUCUAUUUGCAGUUUAUUUUUAAAGCCUCAGGAGGCGAUAUACCACCGGAAAUUUCCGCCAUUAUUUUCGGUUCGGUGUUAUUUUUGUCCAGCAUCGUUGUCCCUACUGUCGCAGACAGAUUUGGCAGGAAAACGCUACUAACCAUUUCAAGUGUGGGAACUGGAUUCUCUCUAGCCUGCGUUGGCGCUUUCUUUUAUGUUUUAGAACACAAUACCGACGUAUCAUCAAUCAGCUGGCUACCAAUGCUCUCUUUAAUAAGCUUCGUUAUUUUCUUUAACUUGGGACACGGUUCCAUAGCUUGGACUGUAACGGCAGAGCUUUUUCCGAGCCACAUACGGCCAGUUUCAGCUUCAAUCGUAUCCAGCACCUGCUGGCUCACCGGCUUCAUAAUCACGAAAACGUUUAGUGAUUUGCGAGACAAUUUAGGCGAUUAUGGAACGUUCUGGUUAUUUAGUUCCUCCUGCGUAGUAUCUGCGCUGUUUAUGAUUAUAAUCCUACCAGAAACAAAGGGUAAAAGUUUCAAAGAAAUACAGCUACUUUUGGAAAAUAAACACAAGAAGUAAAAAUAACAGUUUGUGGGAUCAUUUGGUAAUAAAGUUGUGUUUGCGCUAUUCUUACUGAAUUUAUGGUAAAUA